GAUUCGCCUAUCUGGUUAUUAGCUAAAGGGAAGCACAAUAAAGCCCAGAAAAAUUUAGGAAAAUUAAGAGGAUGGGUAUCCCACGAUAAAUGUGUGAGCGAAUUUAAUGAAAUGGUUAUUUAUACGAUCGAAGCUGUUGACGGAAAUGAAACAGAAAAUCUUGGCUCGGUCUGGCGACAACUGAUACAACCCGAUGUGAUCAAACCAUUUCGUCUUCUAGUAUUCUACUUCUUCUUUUCAAACUUACUUUCUGGAGUACCGUAUUCGCCAUACUUAAUAGAAGUAUUCACUAGAUUUGGUGCUCCUGUUAACGUGGAAUGGACAAUAUCAUUUUCAAUGCUUCUGGGAGUUUUUGCCGGAAUAUUGACGAUAUUCUUAGUAGGAAGACUUGGAAAACGGUUUCUCACACUAUCAACAAUAACCAUUUGCUCAAUAUGUUACAUAUCAAUUGGAUUUCUCGGUAUCUACCGCGAUUCCUCAAAUGAAUCAUUUUCUUGGUCAAUAUUAGUAUUGUAUCUGACAACAACUCUUGCAUCGUCCCUAGGAGUUAUGCCUAUUGCAUGGAUACUUUUAGGCGAAGUUUUUCCCAUCAAGACUAAAAACAUAACUUGUAGCGUGUGUUCAGUAUUGUCAUUUGUCUUUACUUUCUUUUUCACUAAAUUUUAUCAAGAUUUUGAACACUUAGUAGGAUUUUACAAUACGUUUAUCUUUUUUGGAGCGGGAGGAUUGAUUGGAUUGAUUUAUUUUUAUUUUUUCUUACCGGAAACUGAAAAUAAAACAUUAAAAGAAAUUGAAGAAUUUUUUAAAUAAUAAGUUGAACACUGUACCAUACAGGGUAACUGGAUAUCUAGUCAUUACUGAAGGACAUGUUUUGGAAAAUCGCAUUGUUUCAGAACUUUUGAAGUUCGAAAGUUCAAAAGUUGAUGCAUAUUCAUGCUGUACAUUGAAGGGCU